GCCCACCCGUCGCCGCUGAGCGUGCGCUAACCGCCCUCUGAGCUGUGGACCUCAGAUGUUUUUGGGAUUGGAGUCCGAAAAAGGACAGGUCGGCAGUUGGGCGGAUUUUUAAAGGCAUGGCAUGAAUAAAAGGAAGGAAAGGGGCGUUCGCAGCCGGGAACAAUACGUAUAGUAACAGCCUCAGCAUUGUUGAGAGCAUCGACGGAGUUCUUUAUCCUGGAAGGGACAGGCAUCGGUCUUCUGGAAUGGAACAGCACUCAGAGCAAUUACUUGGAUCAAGAAUUGAUGAGUUUUCACUAAUUGAAGGAGUAAGCAACCAAGUACUUCUGACAGUCGCUAUCACCAUUACAAUGUUGGGCGGCUUGGCAACAUUUCUUUAUAGAACUGAGCACCAGAAUAUCCAUCCUGAGAACCAGGAACGUGUAAGGGAACUCCGGCAACAUCUCGAAGCUGAGGCUUUAAAUUACCAGGAUGGAUUUGAAAGGGAUAGGCCCCAAUUCUACACUGAUAUGUCCUGUCCAGUCUGUUUACAGCAAGCUGCAUUUCCUGUUGAAACCAACUGUGGCCACCUCUUCUGUGGUUCCUGUAUUGUUGCGUAUUGGACAUAUGGCACUUGGUUGGGAGCAGUUAAUUGCCCCAUUUGCAGACAAAUGGUUACAUUGUUAUUCCCACUGUUCCCAACGAAUGAUGAGCAGCAAGAGUCUAUGCAAGUUAUUCAAAAUAUAAAUGAUUAUAACAGAAGAUUUUCCGGUCAGCCCAGAUCUUUUAUAGAUCGUAUAUUGGAUCUACCCACACUACUGCGUCAUGCCUUCACAGAACUCUUUUCGAUCGGUGGCCUUUUCUGGAUGUUUCGAAUACGAAUUUUCCUCUGUCUGGCUGGUGCCUUAUUCUAUUUAGCGUCACCGCUGGACUUUAUUCCUGAAGCUUUCUUUGGAAUUCUGGGUUUUCUGGAUGACCUAUUUGUUAUUUUUCUACUCCUCAUCUAUAUUUCCAUCAUGUAUCGAGAGGCAGUAACACAAAGACUGAACAGAUGAAUUAAAAUGCCUAAAAUGAGAAAAACCUGAUUGCAAUUAAGUUAAAUGUGCACAUUUUCCUGGAAAGCGUAUUGUUACCUCUUGUUGAGCUCCAAGUUCAAAUUAAAUAACUAAUAAAAUAUGCAAUUUUAAAAUUUGAAUUACUGCAUUUGUUUGCCAACCUUGCAAGUCAGUGGAACAAGGGAAAAAGUACUCAGCUCCUUGUAUUGGAAAACUUCAUCCAUUUAGAGUUGAAAUUUGAAUUAUUGCAGACUGGAUAAGUUUCACUGAGUUGAAUUAUUAAAUGGUGUAAUUUGAGAUAUUCAAUUUGGGGACAGGUAGAUUCAGGAUUUUUUUAUAUGUAAGUUUUGGUUGUUUAAAUUAAAACCACAACAAUGGUAAAUCAUGAGUCUAGAUUAUGUGCUUUUGAGUUAGAUUUCUCCUGUUGAUUUGCACUUUGUAUACAAAUGUAGAGGAAAAUUGAAAAUGUCUCUUGUAUGUGUAGUUAGGAAGUUAAAUAUUAAAGGAGCAAACUUUAUUGUAAAUAGAAUGCAGUGGUUUAUCUGCCUGCAUAUUUUCUAUGCUAAAAACUCUUUUGUUUGAUAUUGGAAAGAAUUUGAAUUCCCAGCAUGUAACAAAAUGUGAACAAAUUGUUCCUUUUUAUUAAAAUGUUUUGAAUGUC